AUGAUUCCUACAAGAUGCCACGAGAUCAACGGCUCACGUCCUCCGUCGUUAAAAGUCGCCGGAGAAUCCCUCUCCAUCAAGAAAACAACUUCGUGUAACGUCGUGAAGCAUCCGCGGCGAUUUGGACGGGAGGCUCCAGUAAUCAUCUACGCGCACUCUCCGAAAGUGAUUCACACGCGCGCUGAAGACUUCAUGGCCUUGGUUCAACGGCUCACAGGUGUCAACGAGGUUACUAGACGGAACCCUAACGAUGUUAGCGAAUCAUCCUCUUCUGUGGUAACGGAAGAGAUCAACGUUGUCGGUGAUGAUGACACGAGUCAGAGACAGUUACGACAAAACCUGGCUGAUAUUCCAUUGUUCACGCCGAGCUCGAUGACCUUGUUUGGUUCUCCAACUCAAUUUCUUUAUCUGUCACCGAAUCGGACCGACCCGGUUUAA